AUGGCAGUGCAAGGAUUUCUAGACGCCUUCAAAAACAUUGACAAAGAUAAAGAUCGGGUUAUUUCUCAUGAGGACUUGAGGAUGUACGCCAGCGAAAAAGGCUUGCCAGAUAGCUUCUCCGCUAUGGCCCAGGCACUGCUGGCGGUCUACAAGGAGAUCGAUUCUAGUGGCAAGGGACUGGUAACUCACGAGGACUUGAAGGAGUACGCGCGGAGGGAAGAUAAAGGUCAAAAAUUUGUCGACACUGAGAGUCUCCAGCAGAGUUUCAUCUCGGCAUUCAAAGAAAUCGAUGUGCACAGACGCGGGCUUAUCACUCACGCCGAUUUAAACAAAUUCGCCGAACACACUGGUCUCCCGCCUUCGUUUGCAGAAGUAUUUAACAACUUCUUCGACCUCUGUUUGUUUGUCUACUUUCAGAGAUGGAUCGCCUUGUUCGAUUCCGAGCAUACUGGAACCAUCACAUUCGACCACUUUUGCGAGGUGCUAGGUCUUAAUAAGAAAACGCCAGCUUCACCCGGCCCAAUAGCUGUGAAAGAGACAGUGGAGUAUAAGUGUACUUUAACAGCCAAACAGAAAGCCGACGUAAACAAGAAGCUUGACAGCGAUUGGAAAUUGGAGGAUCCAAGUGGAUCGAUUCAGCAAUUGCUGAUGUACAUGGACAAGAACCACGGCGUGCGUUGGCGCUCGCGUCUGAUCCUUGACGAGAAGAAUAUACCAGAGGUUGAUGCCAUCAAUAAGCAGGUCUACGCCUUCAGCCCCGACGGUGGGGCUCACAAGUAUCUGAUAUGGCGCCAAAAGGAGAAACGAUCCGGCGGAUGCUGCGCGUGUUUUGUCUAG